ACCGUCUCUAGUCUCUGAGGUUCCCGGGGCUGUUGUAAGGGACCAUCUACCAAUAGACCACAGGCGUCGACCUCUUUUUUUAGGGAGCGGACUCCGAUUGGAGAUGAGCGUUUGGGAGGGGGAGGGAACGCCCCUUUCCAGAGCCGCUGAGUGAUUGAAUACCCGGCCUGGGGCGCCGGCCCCACCUCUGUGGGGCAUGGCGGGCUGUGGAGAAGGCGGUGCGGCCACCGUGGUACUUUUGGGGUCCUCUGGAAGUUGCAGUAGGGGGCUGCAGAGGAGGGGACUGUGUGAGCGGCGCCGGCUGAAGGCGACGGUGUCGGAGCAGCUCUGCCAGGACCUGCUCAGGCUCCUAAGAGAAGAAAUCCAUACAGAUAUUACUUUCUCUAUAGGUUAUACUUUGUUCAAAGCACACAAAGCAAUCCUUUUAGCAAGAGUUCCUGACUUCUAUUUUCACACUGCUGGAGAGACACCAGAUAAUUUAGCAAAACAUGAGACAGUUGCUGUGGAAAACUUCAAAGCUGAAGAAUUGAGAACAUUUUUACAGAUUGUAUAUUCAUCAAGUAGAAACAUAAAAACCUAUGAACAGGAAAUUCUCAGGAAAAAUAUACUGGAGAGUGAUAUACCACUAAAGAAGGACUUUGAUUUUCAGAAGUAUUCUGACAAUAAUGACAGAUUAUCUCUAGAGUUCUCAGGUAAAAAAAUAUCUGACUCUUCUCUUCUGAAGCAUGAAAUUCCAGAAGAUAUGAGCAGUAGAGGAGACAGUUUGAUUUCCACUGAUAAUUAUGACUUGGAACCAGCAUCUGAAUUAGGAGAAGAUUUAUUGAAACUUUACACGAAAUCUUGUUGUCCAGAUAUUCAUAUACACGUUGAUGGACAAAGUUUUAAAGCCCACAGGGCUAUUUUAAGUGCCAGAUCUCAUUAUUUUGCUGCGAUGCUGAGUGGUUCUUGGGCUGAAAGCUCCCAAGAGUAUAUAACUCUUCAAGGUAUAAACCAUAUGGAAAUGAAUAUUAUGAUGCAUUUUAUAUAUGGAGGAAUUUUAGACUUUCCAGACAAAGCUAAUGUUGGUCAGAUACUCAGUAUGGCUGACAUGUAUGGACUAGAAGGAUUAAAAGAAGUAGCAGUCUAUAUUUUAAGAAGAGAUUACUGUAAUUUCUUUCAGAAGCCUCUUCCCACAAGGUUGGCAUCUGUGCUGGAAUGCUUGACUAUUGCUCAUUCAGUUGGAGUGGAAAGUCUUUUUGCUGACUGCAUGAAGUGGAUUGUAAAGCAUUUUGCAAGGUUUUGGUCUGAGAGAAGCUUUGCAAAUGUACCUCCUGAGAUUCAGAAAAGUUGUCUUACUAUGUUGAUUCAAUCUUUAAAUGAUAAGAACGCUGCUUUUCUUCUGAUGGAAACUGACAGACUAAUCAUCAGUUUACCCAGAGUUAAGUGGACAGAAGCAGCACUGACUAUGGCAUCCCAACUCCAAGAAAAAUGUGUUGCAUUUAUUGUAGAAAACUUCUCCAGUAUCAUUCAAAGUGAAAAUUUUGCUCUUCUCUUACAGUCACAAGCAAUGAGCAGUACAGCAGAACUGUUGGAUAAAAUUUUUAAAGCAAUUGAAGAAGGCAUAACCACUGAAAAUAGCUGCUCUCUCCUUAUGACUUUGGACAUGUUAUUGAACUCUGACAAUACAAAAGAAAUGGGUUUUACGUGCAAGAUUCAGGCUCUGCGUGAUAAGCUGUGGGUCUUCCUGGUUCAGUCUUUCUAUGCUGUUCGUCACACAGAAAGCUGGAAGCUGAUGAGCACAGAUGACCAGCAGAAAAUUCAAGCAGCUGCAUUUGACAAAGGUGAUGAUCGAAGACUUGGCAAAAAGCCCAUUUUGAGUAGCUCUCAGCAGAGGAGACAAUUUUCUGACUCUUGUGUAAAAAGUAAAUCUUGGAAAGGAAGUAACAAGAAAGAGUGUGGGAGCUAUCCCUCAUCAAAUCAGAGGAUGAAAUCUGAUGGACUGGGAGCAUCUGGACAAACACUAAAUACUAAUAAAAGCACUUUAAGCAAAACUCUGAAGAAUGAUGAUUUAACAGAAAAGGGUGGUACAAAAAUAGCACCUAGGAUCACAAAGGAAUUAAAAACUGAGGGAAAAAAUAUUUCUGGAAAGCCCAAAGCUAUAAUAAAGCCCAGAACAGAAAACAGUGAUUAUGCAAAGUCAGCAAACAUGUCACCUAAACAAGUUGUGGAAAGAUCAGCAGCAACAGUAUCAGCAGCAGUAGCAAAUGGACGGAAAAAUUUAUCAAAUGGAAAAGCAGCCAGAAACCAGGAAGGGGAGAUUACAGGUGCCAGACCUAAGGUACACACAGGAAACUUAAAUAUGCAAGCCAAAGCAAAACCCUUAAAGAAAGUGACAGGAAAAGAUUUUUCAUGUUUUAAUACUGCAAGACCCUCCAGCAGAUCUACAAGUUCAAGUAUGGAAUUCUUGACUUCUACUGAAUGUCUGGAACUGCCAAAGGAAAAUGGAUCAAUAGAGGAGAAGCCUUCUAGUCAUAAACAAUCACUUGGUGACUCCUCAGGACAAACAGUGAAAAAUGAUGUACAAAGUAGCAAAUCUCCGAUUGCAGUGAUAAAAUCUAGACCUCUUUCAAGAGUUGCCAAUGGAACUUCCAAUAGAAAAAAUAUUCAUGAACAAGAAACUAAUAUAAAUAACAAUGCGCCAAAGAAGGUUGCUAGCAAAGGCUAUGGUGAACCUGUACCACAGGCAAUUUUAAAGAAAAGAGGAAAUGGAAGUGGGUGUGCCACAGUCCAGCAGAGGGCAAAGAAUGGUCCAUCUAAUCUUGUGAAAAUUCAAGGAUCCCAAGGAGAAUCACCCAAUUCAGUAAAAUCUUCAGUCUCUUCAAGGCAGUCUGAUGAAAAUGUGACAAAAUCAGACCAUAGUACAACUACAGAUAAACAAACACCUAAAAGGAAAAAUGUUAAGCAAGGACAAACAACUUUAUCUAAAGUUAAUACAAAAAUAGUGGCAGUACCCCAAAACUUAAAUCAAUCUAAGAAAGGUGAAAUUUUGAAUAAUAAAGAUUCAAAACGGAAAAUGCUUCCUGGACAGGAUAUACAGAAGACUCAGUCUUCUCAAAGACUUUUGAAAAGUGAAACAUCUGUUUUCCAAAAAAGCAUGCUUCAUAGUAUAGAAGCUAAUAACAACAAGGAUAGUAUUUCUGAACAGAAUUCUCACAAAUCCCUAAUUAAUCUCACUUCCAAAAUCAGUAGUAUGGAAGCACUCCAAAUAUGUAAAUCUGACCCACAAAAGUCAUUGAACAGUCAGGAAAAAGAAAAAUUAGUGUUAGAACAUCAAAAUAUUUCAAAUCUAGAUAAAUCCAUAAAACAUGAACUGAAAUCAGAGAAGAAUUAUUCAGAUAAAAGUGAAGCAAAAAAUUCUAAUCACAAAGAAAUGGAUCAUUGCAGCACAGCUGAAAUACGUUGCCAUUCUGAUAGGAGUGAUAAUACAGAUUCAAAAUUUUAUAGCGCUAGCAACCUAAAUUCCAUGAUUUCAAGUCCAAAUGAAAAUUCCUUGAACUCAAAUCAAAUUUACAAUUUAGAUUCAAAAAAAGCAGAUCAAAUUAAUUUUAUUUCUGACAAAGAGAAACAAGUAGACAGAAAUGAUAUAAGCAACAAAGCAGCCAUUAAAUGUGUGAAAGAUGUUUUACCUUAUGUUUCUGAAAGGACAAAUGAUAUCUUAAUUUCUGUUCAGGAUGAUAAAAAGGCUAUAAUUUAUGUAGAAGAACAGACAAUUCCUAGUCAAUUGUCUGCUGACUCUGCUAUGAAGGAAAACAAGUAUGCUACAGCAGAUUUAGAUAUUUCCUCCAAGUGCUUUUCAGAACAAGUAUCAGGAAAAAUUUCUCCUAAAGAAAUGGAGACAACAGAAACUCCAGAGAGCCAUGACAUUCCAUUCACGAAUCACUGGAAUCUGAGUACCGCUGGUAUGCAUCCAAGAGAGAGUCCUGAAUCUGACACUGCCAGUGCUACUACAUCCUCUGAUGACAUUAAGCCUAGAUCUGAAGACUAUGAUGCUGGAGGGUCUCAGGAUGACGAUGGGUCAAAUGACAGAGGUAUUUCUAAAUGUGGCACUAUGCUGUGCCAUGAUUUUCUUGGGAGAAGUAGCAGUGAUACCAGUACUCCUGAAGAAUUAAAAAUAUAUGAUAGUAAUUUAAGAAUUGAAGUAAAAAUGAAAAAACAAAGUAGUAAUGAUCUUUUCCACAUCAAUUCGACAAGUGAUGAUGAGAUUCCCAGGAAAAGGCCAGAAAUUUGGUCUCGAACAACAAUCUUCCACCCUAGAGAAAAGGAAAAUAUCCCACGAGGCAGUGUCCAGUUUGCUCAGGAAGUAGAUCAAGUUUCUUCCUCUGCAGAUGAAACAGAAGAUGAAAAGUCUGAAGCUGAAAAUGUUACAGAAAAUUUCUCUGUGUCUAACACAACACCUCAACAAUUUCAGGGGAUAAUUAAUUUAGCUUUUGAAGAUGCAACUGAAAAUGAGACUCGUGAAUUUUCUGGAUCUAAGAAAUUUAAAAGGUCUGUUUUACUUUCGGUAGAUGAAUGUGAAGAACUAGGCUCUGAUGAAGGGGAAGUCCACACUCCUUUUCAACCUUCUAUAGAUUGUCUUUCACCUUCUGAUGUUUUUGAUGGCAUUAUCCAUGAGUAUCAUGGAGUGACCUGCUAUCCCAGAUACUCACAGGGAAACAAUAGUAGUAUCUUAGAAUGUAAACAAGAUAAAGGCAAUGGUGUCUAUAAAAAUGAAAGCUCUCUCUUGGGUCUUAGUAAUAACGACUCUUCACAAAAAGAUAAACAGAGUGUUUUAGCCUCAGAAAGAAAGAACACAGUGGAUGCCCUGUCUAAUGGAGGAAGAUAUCUUCACCCGGAAGAUAAAAAAGUGUAUCAUGGGAGUGUUGUGGAUAAUGACUGUCAGCGACAUCACAAACUCUCAGAGAGUGACAUAAAAUCUCAAGAAAGACCGUGUCAUUUGGAGCUUCAUCAAAGAGAACCCAGUCCUGACAUACCAAAGAACAGCGCUACAAAAUCUCUAGACUCUGUUUGGAGUCAAGUUCUGCCUCAGGAAGGUCAAAUUAAAGAGAGCCAUUCUACAGCCACUGAAAAAGCUAGUAUUGCUUUAUCUGCAGGAGACAUAGAUGAUUGUGACACACUGGCACAAACCUACAUAUCUGACCAUCGGCCUUCAAAAACCCUCUCUCCAAUAUAUGAGAUGGAUGUAAUUGAAGCAUUUGAGCAGAAAUUGGAAUCAGAAACACACCUUACAGGCAUGGAUUUUGAAGAUAACCAACACUUUGCAAAACAGGAUUGGACACUAUUAAAACAACUACUGUCAGAACAGAAUUCAAACUUAAAUAUUACAAAUUCUGUUCCUGAAGACUUAAAUUUGGCACAGUAUCUAAUCAAUCAGACACUGCUGUUAGCACGAGACAGCUCAAAACCUCAGGGUAAAGCACAUGUUGACACUUUAAACAGAUGCAGUGAACUAACAUCUCCACUUGAAGAUUCCUCAGCAAGCAUCACUAUGGCUAGUUUUUCCUCUGAAGAAUGUUCACCCCAAGGGGAAUGGACAAUUCUGGAACUGGAAACUCAGCAUUAAAAAGACUAACACUUUGGAAAAUUUUUAAGCUGCCAAUCCUUUAUUUUUUGAUGUAUGCAUUAUAUCCAUGUAACAUCUGCAUUAACCAGAGAUAGACUAUCCUUAAUAUUCAGGAGUCUUUCUAAUUUAUUGAGGUAGGCAUAGUUCAUUAAUAUGAUACCGUAUUAGAAAAGAAUUGCUGGGGGUAGCAAGGACCAUCUUAAGGAUCCUGAUUCGAAGGCGGUGAAGUAGGUCUGCAGGUGUCUAUCUUUCUCUCCCCCUCUCUGUCUUCCCCUCCUCUCUCCAUUUCUCUCUGUCUUAUCCAGCAAUGGAUGACAUCGUCAACAACAAUUAUAACCACAACAAGGCUACAACAAGGGCAACAAAAGGGAGGGGAGAAUGGCCUCCAGGAACAGUGGAUUCAUGGUGUAGGCACUGAGCCCCAGCAAUAACCCUAGAGGUAAAAAUAAAUAAAUAAAUAAAUAAAUAAAUAAAUAGUAAAUAAAUUAAUUAAAAAUUAAAAAAAAGAAUUGCCUUUCUAAAAUUUUUAGCAUGUUUCUGUGGUUAUUAGAGGAAUUAGGAGAAUUGUAUGAAAAACUUAAUUCAGUUUUCCUUUUCUAACCGGUCCUUUGUUCACUUGCUUUUCAUUCAAGAGUUUAAAAUGUGAAUGUACAAGUAGAUCAAUUAUUUUAUUUUUUGCUCUGCCUAUGGUAACAUAGUAAUUUAAUAAUAAAAAACUUAAUGUGCUUGUGUCAA